UUGAAAGAAAAAAAAUGACAUUUUGGCUGUGCUGUUUGUAAGUAUAUAUUUGGAUGGUUUAAGUCGAGUGUAAACAAUGAAUAUAGUUGUUAUAUCAGAUCAUCUGUUUUGAAAAUAUACAUGUCUUAUUGCAUUUUCACCUACUGUAAUAACUAAAUGAAAGUGGUUUCCUAGAUAUACAGCCAGACGGACAGACAUCUUUUAAUCUAGUUUACACACUCGAUAUCAAAAUAACAAUGUUUAACUGUUUACCCAAAUGGUUUACUUAUAAUAUGCAAUGAUAAUACUAUCAUUGAUAUUUGAUACACCAAUAGUAAGAAGUAAUAUUUAUUUUCUAAAAAUAAUAACAGAUCUAUUUUUAUCCAAAGUUUAGGUUUUUCCAAUUUAUUUUAAAAACAAUGUUCUCUAUUUAUAUAUAAGUAUAAAUUACUUGUAGAUUUGAAGUACGUUCAUUUUUAUCAGGAUCACAUGUGAAGAAACGUUCUUAUCUAUUCUCUAAUCAAAUAAAUUUUGAAGUUUAUACAUUAGAAUACACGAUACUUGACACAAAUAAAAUAAACUUAGUUGGUUUUACAUGUUUUAUUUUAUGUUUUUGAAGCACAGAAGAAACAAACAAAUAGAAGGUGUUUCUAACCGUCGUGAUAAGGAUAUUCAAACAAAACUGACUGAAGUUCCAUCAACAGAUGAAAUAACAAAGGCGGUUGUAAAUGAUGAUAUAGAAGAUGGUAAUAUCUUUUUAAGGAUUUACUUGUUGACGUUGAUGAAAGUACUUUUGACGAACAAACAGGACUCCAAAAGCAAUCAGAUAUAUUCUGUGAACAUAUUAAGAAAGAAACGGUGAAAAAAAUGUCGAGACAAAAUACAAAGUGUCCAACCGUCGAUAGAAAAGAAACAGAUACCAAUACCAAUAGAAAUAGUACAGGAAAAGGAAAAGGGGACACGAAUGUAAGGAAAGGCAAAAGGAGUACAGAAACUGGCAGAUCAAUUAGUUUCGCAGAUAGGGAAAUUUCACAUAAAUCAAAUAAGAGAAAUCGAAAUGAGGAUAAGGACAACGUAAGCGAAUCGCAACCUCUGAAAAAGAAGAAGAGUCCUGAUGUUAAUGAAACGUUUCCAGAUGUUGCUAACAUAGACAGGCAAAAAUGUAAUGAAGAUUUACCUACAUCAAACACAAUUAUACCUCUGAAAACGAAGACUUAUAGUGAAGUUGUAAGAGUUAAGGAAACAGACGUUACCGAUACAGAGACUCGUGGUGCAGUGAAAAGAAAUCUUAAUGAAAAUGAUAGUGAACAUACCGAUAUUUGGAAAGUUGUGACGAAGCGUAGCAAGAGGGCCGCGCCUGAUGACAAAACUCAUAUUCAGCAAACCUGUAAACAAACGUAUAAAGAGAGACCCGUGAGCACAGAACAUGUAGCAGAUUUGGUAACAACUUAUACCGUAAAGUAUAGGAAAUGGUCUAUACCAUGCCUUAAAUGCCGAGCAGAUAUUUCUCAAUCUGAAGAAACUCCAGACAUAUUCUUCCGGGACAGUGAACUAACUGUCACAAAACUAACAGGAAAAGAUAAUUUUGAAGCUCUUAAACUUUGUACAAUAUUUGACGAUAGGUUUGUUCAAGAAAAUAAGAACAGUUUUGAAAUGUUUUGGAACCAAGUUCUUAAUUAUGUAAAAGAUGAAAAACACAUGAUAGAUUUGCAUGGUAUGAGUGAACUUAUAGAGAAUAACAUGCUACUGUCUUUUGAUAUCAAUUUUAUCAGGCAAGGCUGAUAUGGGCUAGAAAGGGCGAGGCUUGCCGAGCCCUUUCUGCCCAUAUCAGCCGAGCCUGAUAAAAUUGAUAUCAAAAGACAGUAGCAUGUUUUUCUAUUUAUCAUGUAACACAUAAAAACUGUCAAAAUAACAAAAUAAUCUACUUUAAAAUAGCGAAUUUCGUAAAACAAGGGGAUUAUUGUUCAAAGAAGUAAUUCUUGAAAACAAAUUCCUCCGCCCCUGAAACUUAGAAUUUGUAAAUGGCGGCCAUUUUUUCUUUCGACUCGGAUAAAAGAUACAACAGAAUGUAGGCCUAACACGAUAAAAUUCUUACCUUUAAUCUAAACUUCGAUCCAAAAAUUCCCUUAGAAUCACAUUUAUAAACUUUACUGCACUUUUUGUCUUGAAUUGACAAAUUCAAAAGUUCACAAUAAUUUCAAUCAAACAAAAGUCAAAUCGGCAAUCAAACACACGCUACACAAACA